AAACCUCAUCAAAUAUCAAUAUCAAAAUGAUUCUCGACCACAUCGUCAUCCUCGUCUCCUACGACGACCUGCAGGCCAUCUCCGCCCGCAUCUCGCCGCAGCUCACCCUCGCCCCCGGCGGGAAACACGCCGACGGCCUCACGGCCAACAAACUGGUCCUGCUCCCCGACGGCGUCUACCUCGAGUUCAUCGCCUUCUUCCCCGACGCAGACCCGGCCGAGCGCGCCGCCCACCGCUGGGGUUGCCUGCCGGAGAACAGCAUCAUCGACUGGGCGCUGACGGCGACGGGCGAGCGAGACGGCGAAGGCGACUUUGAAGCUUCUCGCGAGCGUCUGCGCGCCGUCGCCUCCGACAUCGGCGUGCAGUACCAGGACCUCGUCCCCGGCGGCCGCGUCAAACCCAACGGCACCGUCUUGAAAUGGGCCGUCAGCCAGGCCUUCAAUAAACACCAACAGCCUCUUCACCCGGGCCUGCUGCCCUUCUGGUGUCUCGACCGCACCCCGCGCGAGUUCCGCGUCCCCUACGCCACAGAUGAAGCCCAUCUCACCACCCAUCCCAGCGGGGUGCGCGGUGUCGCUGCCGUCUCCGUCCAGGUGCCUGCCCAGGACUUCCACACCGUCAAAGCCGCCUACGACGCCGUCUUCGGCCCGGCCUCGGCGGACGGCUCGUGGCCGUAUACCGUUCCCGCUGCCUCGGGCGGGAGGCAUACCGUCUCCCUCUCGCAGACGGAGGGCCCGCGGUCUAUCCAGCUGGUGCUGGAGGGGCCUGGCGGUACUGUCGAGCUCUUGCCGGGUGUUUUGACGCGUGUGGAGUAGAAUAGUAUAACUAGCAUGUUAGAUACAACUAUAUAUAUUAGAAUAAACCUUUCUAUAGUCAUGAAGUAUCUCAGUCAAUUCUACCUAAAUGAAAUGAAAUGGCCAAGUCAUUGAUAUAGGUGUAUGAAGCUGUGUUGAUAAUAACUAUUUAUUAUAUAUAGUGCUCCAGCA